AUGUACAGCUACAACAAUAUAAUAGAUAAGGGUGAGCCACAGCACACGGAGCUCAUUGACAGGGCUUUGGACGACCAAACUGCGAUUCCGAAAAGUACGCAGCACCGAGUCAGCCCUGAGGUUGAUUGCAUUGUGGUGGAUAAUUUCCUCACACCUGAUGAGUGCGAUGCGCUUAUUGCGGCUUGCGAGAAAACCGGCUUUUCCUUUUGGCAGCAGACAACUCACGACGUAAAUGGCGGGGAGUCGAGCUGCAAUACCGAAUCCAAUUUAGUUCGUGUUGUGGACACCAUCGAGGCGAACUUUGAACAUCUAUCCCAGCACCUUUUUAAGCGCAUCGCGGCGGUGGUGAACCUCGAGUCCAAAUACUUCAGUCGGGAUACGCAAGGCGACGAGGAAUCGUGCGAGAGAGAUCUAGAGGGCGAGUGGGUUCCCUACGCGUUGUCGAGCAACUUAUUGUUCGGGCGAUACAAGCCUGGGGGCCACUUUAUGCCCCAUAUUGAUGGGUCCACGAUUGUGGACCUCAACACGCGCUCCUUCUAUGCCUUGCUUUUGUACCUCAACGCUUGCCCCGAGGGCGGCGAGACGCACUUAUUCUCCGGCGAGCAGCACUCGGUCGUGUUUAUGGACACCCAGUCCAACAAGCUGCGCGGUAGCGCAUCGAAUCGGGUCGGCUCGGUCGAGGCCAAGAAAGGGCGUGCGGCCUUUUUCUACUACGAUCUUCUGCAUGAGGGCGCACCGGUGGUUUCCGGCCUGAAAUAUAUCUGCCGAGCCGACCUCUUGUAUCGCCGCAAUCCGCCUAUUUUCACAAGUGAAAAAGACAAGGAGGCCUUUGCGCUCUACCAGAGCGCACGCGUCCUGGAGAGCAGUGGCGAGGCUGCGCGCGCGUGCGAACUCUUCCAACGUGUACGAAAAGUAUCCAAGGGCGUUGCGGAGUUGUAUCACCUGGAUUAACCAUUCCUUGGCCCACUGCUGGUUUUUAAGGCAGGGCAAUGACGAAAGGGAGUGCGGAUCUCGGAAGGGAACGCCGCACAAUUCACCUUAACCAAAAGCUAAUCAAUAUAAUAAGCAUCCCUAA